GUCAGCACAUCAGUGGCCUCCCCUGACUUUGCUUCGAGUGUCUCCCUCUCACGCACAUGCGCACGCGCGCGCCUGGAGGCGCCCCAUUCGCCCGCGCAGCCUCAUUGCGCCGUCCUCCGCGUGCAGAUUGGAGGACGCGGGCAGCGGGGGAGGGCCGACAGAGAGGAGCGUUGCGAGGCAAAACGGCAGGUCACAUGAGCUCAGAUCUGUUUACAAACCCGGAGCGACGGGAGGAAGGAGAGCUGCAGCUCUGAAGCACCAUUAUGGACUGAAGGAGGAAGUCUGCCACGACGAAGCGCGCUGGAGCUGUGAGACGCUCGGCGCGGCACGGCGCACUCCUGCGCGCACACUCCGCCUUUGUCCCCGAUUUUUCUUCCUUCAAUCGAAGCAGCAGAUGGUAGAGGGAGAGUAGGACCCCCUCCCCGCAAACACAUAGCAGCUUCUCUGGGGGCUGCAUGGAGCUUUCCUCACUUUUGUUUGGGCUUUAAAGGAGAUGCAGCUUCGCCUUCUGCGCUGAGGAGGACCGCAAGACCCGAGGAGUGGAGGAGGAGGAGACGGCAGAGGAGGGCGAGACUUGAGAAAAUCUCCUGCUAAAAAAGCAGCUUUAGAGAAGACAAAGCACAGAUUAAUGUUGGAUAAUUACCUUGACUGGGGAGGAGUGUCAUCCUGCUGGCUGGGGGUCUGUGAGUUGGAGGGUCAGAGAGACCUUUUUUCUGCUGGAAAGAAGCUCAUGAGGUCCCCAGGACCGGCCCAGAGCCCAGCCACAAAUCAUCUCCCAGUCUGCCCACAGAGCGCUUAAUCCAGAUUUGGAAGUGCUGAGCCAGCACAAAUUCACAAACAACAGAGACGCAGCUCAGGGCGGCCGCGUCCAGAGCGCACUCCUCCGAGUCCGAGGCUCCGGCCCGGCAGCUUGGCCCUCCUCCAGCCUUCUCCGAGCGGGGCCUGAAUUUACUGCUGCUGCCCUGGGAGUCAAAUUUCAUGCAACCAUUCCAGUGGAGUAACGGAUGCCUUUGUAGUUUGGGUCGUCAGUGCUCUGAACACGACUACAGCAUGACGUCAGACAUCUACCACCUCCCACUCAACGUGUACGUCAUCGUGCUGGGCAUCGGCCUCUUCGUCUUCAUGCUCAGCCUCAUCUUCUGCUGCUACCUUUUCAGGUUGAAACAACAAGGAACGAGGGAGCAGUUCAGCUACAAUGAGGUGGUGCUGAAAGGAGCGAGCAAGAAACUGAGUCUUCUUGGACAAACGUGCGCGGUGUGUCUGGAAGAGUUCAGGACUCGGGAUGAGCUGGGAGUGUGUCCGUGCUCACACGCAUUUCACAAGAAGUGCCUGCUCAAGUGGCUGGAGAUCCGCAGCGUGUGUCCCAUGUGCAACAAGCCCAUCCUGCGGCUCCACCCCGACGCCCCGCAGGGUGCCGAGGGACCGAUGGACCCCGAGGAGGUGUGAGGCAGCAGGGCAAACAGCAGACAACCCCCCUUCCAGGAACACGCGCAUCAAACACACUAAGGAUGACGAACAGUGAUCGUCUGACAGGAAACGUUGGGUCUGAGAGGCGCCACUUGUGACCUUCAAGCUUUCUGCCAUGACAGGAACCGCCGUGAUUCAGAGGAGGACGGAGAAGUUAGAGCAUAGGAUCUUUCAUCAAAAAUGUUCCUUGUUGUACUUUCAUGUUGCACAGUUCACCAGAAAAAUGAAGAGAGACGAUACAGGAGGCUGCCAGCGAGCUGGUGCAGCACUGCCACAGACGUCACGGAGGCGCCGAGGAGCCCGGACUAUGACCAACCUCCACGAACUCAGGGGCGUCACCAGAACAGCCAGCACAAACCCCGACGACAACAACGCAUCAGCCCGUGCCACGCAUGCAUCUUCAGUACUGCCAACGCUUCGGCAGCCAAGAGCCGCCACCACUUCAGGCUGAAACAAACCAGCUGGAAGACGAACUUCUACGUAGACGAUGUUGUUUCUGAUUGUGUCCCCGCCCCCUUUCCUUUCUCAGAAAACUAAAAACAAAAAAGAAACAGAAAAAGAUAGAAAACUAGUCUUGGCUCUGUGUACUGUACGUAAACGUCUCCCUAUAUAUUGUUUUUUUGUAUUUUAAAUAAAGCGUCCUGUCAUG